AUGGGCACAGUGAAAUUCAAGAGAGAAUGGUAUCCAGAAGGGCGAAGGGAAGAGACGGAACAAAGGAGUGAGGGGGCGGUGGAGAUUGAGGGUACAUCAGGAGAUGGAUGUGAACAGCCGCCUGCCGCAGAUAAUUUCCAGCUCAACGGGCCAGAAGGUCCACAUAUCAACGGGAACGUGGAGGAAGUCCCCUCUUUCCGGAGCUGCCUUAUCUCUCGCACAUUCCUCGCCAGCCUGCUCUGGACCUCGAUCCUUCAGCUGCGAUCGUCCAUUUUCAUCGGCACUCUGAACCCUCUGCUCAACCUCAUGACGAACGCUGAUCCCGAACAAGUCAGCAGGUUUACAAACGCCUUUGCGUUCACGCAACUGUUUGCUGUUCUGUGCGCUCCUUGGAACGGACUAAUACUGGACAGGCACAAAUUGAUGGGACGGGGUUUGAAUGCAGCCUCAGGCUCGGUAGCUUCACAGAGACUGGCCGACAUGCAGGCGAUGGUCCUCUCUCUCGCCCUCACCGUCAUCCUCUCGGCCUUGUUCUCUCUCGCCGCCGCCAUCCCGGUGCCGGAGGUUCAAUACCUGACGUUCGUUCUGUUCAUGAUGAUGCGAUCCUUCCUGUACGGGGGGCUCGCCGCGUUCAUCACCAUUACGUUCCCUCCAUGCCACUUUGGAAAACUCUACGGGACAACACGGGCGGUGGCGGCCAUCGUUUCCCUGCUCCAAUAUCCUCUCUUCAUCAUCAUUAAUGGUCCCUUGCAGGACGAUCCAUUGUACAUGAACAUCGCACUUAUCGUUCUGGUAUCCUUGGCCUUUGUCCACCCAAUCAACGUCUACAUCUACUGCCAGCGGGCCAAGCAGCAGAUGGGAGUGUCAAACCGAGGAGUGAGCGAGAGAGAAAGAGAGAGAUUGAGGAAGGUCAAGAAGGAGAUAAUGUUAUAAAAUAGGCUUCUAAAAUGAUGAAGGAGACUUUCAACAUCGAGCACUAUGAAAAUCAU